UUGUCUUUCAGAAAUAUAGUAUGUACUGUCAAUUUAAAUUGUAAAUUAGAUUUAAAGAAAAUAGCUUUACAUGCUAGAAAUGCAGAAUACAAUCCUAAACGUUUUGCUGCGGUUAUUAUGAGAAUUCGAGAUCCCAGAACAACAGCUCUUAUAUUUAGUUCUGGUAAAAUGGUCUGCACUGGUGCCAAAAGUGAAGAUCAAGCCAAGCUAGCAGCACGUAAAUAUGCCAGAAUUGUACAGAAAUUAGGUUUUCCUGCCAAAUUUUUAGAUUUUAAGAUUCAGAAUAUGGUGGGAAGUUGUGAUGUUAAAUUUCCCAUUAGAUUAGAAGGUUUAGUUUUAACACAUAGUCAGUUUUCAAGUUAUGAACCAGAGUUAUUCCCUGGUUUAAUAUAUAGAAUGGUGAAACCUAAAAUAGUCUUAUUAAUAUUUGUUUCUGGUAAAGUUGUAUUAACAGGAGCAAAGGUCAGAACAGAAAUUUAUGAAGCUUUUGAUAAUAUUUACCCCAUUUUGAAAGGUUUUAGGAAGACUUGA